AAGUUGCUCUACGAUAUUAAUUCUUGUUCCCCGUCAAGUCUGAUAGCCAUGGCGAAGGUAGCCAAGGAGAUGAACUUCGUCCGCCCGACGCUGACGACGGAGAAGGUGAUUAGGAUCAAGCAGGGGCGGCACCCGCUGUACGCGGCCUCGUGCGACGCGCUCGUCCCCAACGACGCCGAGAGCAGCCUCGAGGCGGGACUCGUCAAGAUCAUCACCGGCCCCAACGCCAGCGGCAAGUCCGUCUACUUGAAGCAAACAGGUCUGAUAGUGUACCUGGCGCACAUCGGCAGCUUCGUGCCGGCCGCGGCGGCCGAGAUCGGUCUGCUCAGCCACAUCUUCUCCCGCAUCAAGUCCACCGAGUGCGUCGCCGCGCACAUGUCCGCCUUUCUCAUCGACCUCCGGCAGGUACACGAGUUGCCGCUCAUAUCUCCGGCUCGAAGAGCUAAAGGCAUCACAAUCCUUUUCCUGUGGUCGGCAGAUGGCGCUGACGCUGCGCGAGUGCACGACCAACUCUCUGGUGAUAAUCGACGAGUUCGGCAAGGGCACGGCGGAGGGGGACGGGCGCGCGCUGCUCGCCGCCUGCCUCAACGCGCUGCUGGUGCGCGCGCGCCGCUGCCCGCACGCGCUGCUCGCCACGCACUUCCUCGACAUCAACCACUACCUUCUCGACACGCCGCUCCUCACCUUCCUUGUCAGUUUACAUCCUUGCAACUGAUUCUAUGCACUUUUCACGGUGCAAUUCCAAUGUCAAUCACAUGA